AUGUCUGUGGGCGCGUCGUGGGACCUCGCAACGAUCCAAGUCAAAGCGCUUGGGGGAUUCUUUCAUUCCCUCGUCUCUCGUGCAGGCGUCAGUAUGGGAAAUAGCUCAUCAUCUUCAGGCCGUGGUCAUCACGAUGAUACUGUGGACUUUGGCCAUCUUUCGCCCCAGGGCGUUUACACAGGUCCCAGAGAUUGGAACCAAGCCGUCGUCUCCCAGCUCAUCUGUGCCCGACGACUAGCACCCUUUUACCGGCCACUAGAGGAUUACGAGGAAUCGUGGGAUGACGACCAGAUACUUGCCGCUAGGAAGGAACUACCGGACCCCGAGAAUGCAGAACAGACUACACGAAUUGAAGCCGCAUCCAUCUCGAAUGGAUCCAAGUCAAGUAUCAAACGACCGAGCACGCUCAAGGAACCUGCGCGUCCUGAGGCAUCCGUUUACAGAGGCGCUGUUGAGUGUCCUAUUUGCUUUCUUUACUAUCCCCCAAACAUCAACCAUUCUCGCUGCUGUGACCAUCCUAUUUGCACCGAAUGCUUUGUACAGAUAAAGCGGAGCGAACCGACUACCACCCAUCUAGUUUCUGACCCUGCCGCUUGUCCUUACUGCGUCCAGGAGCAUUUUGGUGUAGUGUAUACCCCGCCUCCAUGGCGGACAGGUUUUGGAAGUGAUGGGGCGAUUUCUCCGUGGUCAUCCGACUCACCUAAAGGCUCUCAACCGUCGAUACCAUCAGCAGGUUAUCCGACACACAAACGUCGGCAGAAGAGUUUCAGUGCGGAUAGUCCAGAGGUUGUGACGACUGAUCAAAUUCGGCCUGACUGGGAGGCCAAGUUGGCCGCUGUGAGAGCAGCUGUUACUCGUCGCGCGAACAGGCGGAUAAUUAUGCGACAAGUAGGCGAUCGCAUCAUUCCUGUUGGUGUAACAAGUGGGCGUGUGCAUGCUCUGAGUCCAGAAGAAGCGGCGGCAGCGGCGGAGAACCAAGAUAUAAGUGGGAGUAGGCGAUCUCGUAGGCGACAACAAGCUUCCUCGAAUCCGGGUUUCGAGCAGUACAUCGGUUUGGGUGGCCAGGACUUGGAGGAGCUCAUGGUCAUGGAGGCAAUGCGUUUAUCGUUACUGGAGCAUGAAGAACAGCAGCGGAAAGAAGCAGAGGAGAAGAAGAAGGCUGUGGAUGCCAGCGAUCCCGAGGCAGCAGUUACUACUGCAGAGUCUUCUGGCACAGGACCUUCGUCGCUUGAGGUACCCCCUUCAGAUCAAACAUCCAGUUCACUUACCUUAUCUUCUACGUCCUCGACAUCUCUCCCGUCGCCAUCACCAGCUGGUACAGAAUCCUCUACAAGUGAACGCAGGUCAUUUAUACCGUCCAGAAGUCGCACUCCAUCACCCCCUACUGAUUCAUCAUGGCGGAAACGAACGUCUAACUCCCCUCCUUUCAGUACAUUGAAUGCUGCUCUAAGUGCUACUUCCACUGCAAGUGCCGUGCCCAAUGCCAGCCAUGAUCCCCCUAGUAUGAACGCUACGAUUAUCGAACCUCAAACGCCUUCCAACCCAUCUCAUGAUAUUCCUGCAAUAACGAUUGAUAUCCCAAUGGAAUCUCCACCGGAACCUACUAGUUUCCGUGCACCGUCGGAUGGUCAACAUAGUAAACGUCCAUCGCCUAUUCAUGUGGAUUCUCUACCGUCCUCAGUGUAUUCUGCAGAUUCCCAGACGGCACCAGGGAUAUCGUAUGACAACUUACCUUCGUCACCGGAAUCUAUAACACAAGAGCCGUUAUUAAGCGAGAGCAAGAUGAUUGCAUAUUCGCAGCCGCGGUUGCCGACAGAAGACGAGAGCAGAGAUGUAGGAGGGAGCAAUAGAUCAGUAUGAUCGAGCAAAUUCAUGAUGACCUAUUUGGACAAUCUCAGACUCAUCACUAGCAUUUGACUGUAAUUCGUAACGAUAGACCAUACUACACCUCCAGCACGUAAUAGUGCCCCAGCUUAUUUAAGUACCAGCAUUCACUGCACCGCUACCAGUGUUUCUCUCGGCAUCUCCGUUCACUAGUAAUUAACCUGUUUCCGAUAAGUAUAAAUACAUUCAUGAUUUUAGGCGAGAAGUUGAAGUCUCGGCU